AUGGGUGUCUGGUUUAGAAACGUUGAAAGUAGUCAGAUGGAUAUAAGUAGCUAGCUAAAUGAGAAGGAACCCAUUUUAAGUGCUAACGCACUCUUUCAAGAAAGCAUAUCGGAUAUUUACAUUUUUGUGUAGCCAUAUCAAUGCCCAAGUGUGAUAUUUAGCUAGCAUGGUGUUACAAAGGAAACAUUAAGAUGUUAUAGCUAGCAAGCUAACGUUACCACGAAGUUACACAGAAGGAUACAAACUGAUCAUCCAAAGCUAGCUGAUAUACUACGAGCCAACGGUAGUGAACUACAUUAUCUUGUCAAGCAACGAAGAGAACACAACCAACAUUUGGGAAAUUGUAAUAUGAAAGAAGACGUGUCGGAGAAAUUAGGAUUUGUCCCUCAAAAAGACAUCGUCUACAACAAACUUCUUCCAUACGCGGAUAUAUUAGACGAGGAAUCCAAUGACCUUUUGGGUAAAAUCAAAGGAAACUUGGGCCGGGCUGUCCAGCUUCGAGAGAUAUGGCCGGGUGUCUUGUUUUGGACAAGGAAACUUUCCACGUACAUGCGGCUGUACGGCAGGAAGUUCAGCAAGGAGGACCAUGUGCUGUUCAUCCAGCUGCUGUACGAGCUGAUCACCAUCGACAAGCUGGAGAUCAGUAUGAUGCAAGGACUAGCCCGGCUGCUCAUCAACCUCCUUAAGAAAAGAGAGCUGCUGUCGCGGGAGGAUCUUGAGUUGCCUUGGAGACCCCUGUAUGAGCUGCAAGACAGGAUCCUCUACUCAAAGACUGAACACCUGGGACUAAACUGGUUCCCCAAUUCCCUACGGCCUCGUGCUUCCUCUAAACACGUAAUGAUAAAAUUGUUUCAGAGGUGCUCGGUGGAAAACAUUUUGAAAACACUUGUGAGAAGCUGCAGACCGUACUUCCCGGAGUCGGCCACCCAGGAGAUGUUGGAGGAGUGGCGUCCACUGCUCUGUCCAUUUGAUGUGACCAUGCAGAGAGCUAUAGGAUACUUUGAGCUCUUCCUCCCCACCACCCUACCCCCAGAGCUGCACCACAAGGGCUUUAAGUUAUGGUUUGAUGAACUCAUCAGCUUGUGGGUGGCAGUACAGAACCUUCCAAGUUGGGAGGUGCAUCUUGUCAACCUGUUUGCCCGGUUGGCCAACGACAACAUUGGCUACAUUGACUGGGACCCUUAUAUACCCAAGAUCUUCACCAGAAUCCUACGUAGUCUGAACCUCCCGGUGGGGACCAGUCAGAUGCUGGUUCCCAGAUACCUGACAAACGCCUACGACGUCGGGCACGUGGUCCUCUGGGUCUCAGCUUUACUGGGAGGCCCCAGUAAGCAAGCCCAGGCACAGCUCAGUGGCCUUUUCAACAGCAUCACAUCUUUCUUCCACCCAUCCAACCAUGGACGCUGGCUGAUGAAGUUGAUGAAGCUGCUGCAGCGCCUCCCGGCCAGUGUGGUGCGGCGGCUCCACCGGGAGCGCUACCGGAAACCCACGUGGCUCACGCCGGUACCGGACAGCCACAAGAUGACAGAGGCGGACAUCACGGCGUUCGUGGAGAGUAUGAUGCAGCCGGUGCUGCUGGCCAUGUUCAGUAAGACAGGCAGUCUGGACGCUGCUCAGGCCUUGCAGAACCUGGCCCUCAUGAGGCCCGAACUUGUCAUACCACCAGUGCUGGAGAAAACCUACCCUGCUAUGGAGACACUGACAGAGCCCCACCAACUGACUGCCACCCUGAGCUGUAUGAUCGGUGUGGCUCGCAGCCUGGUGUCUGGGGGCCAGCGCUUCCCCGAGGGCCCCACACACAUGCUGCCCCUUCUCAUGCGGGCCCUUCCCGGGGUCGACCCCAACGACUUCAGCAAGUGCAUGAUAACAUUCCAAUUCAUUGCUACGUUUGCGACUCUUGUGCCUUUGGUGGACUGUUCAUCUGCUGUUCAUGAAAGGAGUGACCUGACAGAGGUGGAGAGAGAGAUGUGCUCAGCCUCUGCAGAGUUUGAGGACUUUGUUCUUCAGUUCAUGGACAGGUGUUUUGCCCUGAUAGACAGCAGUACUCUAGAGCAGACCAGAGAGGAGACAGAGACAGAGAAGAUGACCCAUCUGGAGAGCCUGGUGGAGCUGGGACUAUCUUCUACCUUCAGCACCAUCCUCACACAGUGCUCCAUAGACAUCUUCAAGGUGGCUCUGGAGAAGGUCUUCAACUUUGCCACCACCAACAUCUUUGAGACACGUGUGGCUGGCAGGAUGGUGGCUGACAUGUGCAGAGCAGCUUCCAAGUGUCACCCGGCACAGUCUCUGAAGCUUUUUGUACCACACUGCUGCAAUGCCAUAAACCAGAUCGCUGUCAAUGAAGAGGUGUUGAGUGAGGAGGAACUGGAUAAGGAGUUACUAUGGAACCUUCAGCUACUGUCAGAGGUGACACGUGUGGACGGGGACAAGAUCCUCCCCUACAGCACCCAGCUGGUUCAGAUCCUGCAGCUGACCCUCCAUCUAAAGUGUAAACAGGGCUACACCCUGGCCUGUAACCUGCUGCAUCAUAUCCUGAGGUCUACAGCCCUCAUCUACCCCACAGAGUACUGCAGUGUACCUGGAGGCUUUCAGCAGCCCACACAGGACUACCUGCCCAUCAAGGAUUGGGGUCGUCCGGGGGACCUGUGGAACCUGAACAUCCAGUGGCACGUCCCCAGAGUGGAGGAGACCAGCUUUGUGUUCUACGUUCUAGACCUGAUCCUACAGCCAGAGCUGCUCCGACUACAGAGAUAUGCCCAGGGGGAACGGGACAUGACCAGGGAUGACGUUCUACAAAGUUUGUCCAUUGUACAGCACUGCCUUCUGGGAGCAGGUAGCCUGUUGCCCCUGCUGCAAGGAGAGCCCAUCCCUGAACUGGUGACUAGCAUGGUGAAUCUGGGGGAGACUAACCUCUUCACAGGGAUGGCCGAUGAUGUGUCCAGAGAGAACUACAGAGAUGCUAUCUGCAGAGUGAUGAGGCAGCUGCUACAUCACAUUCUGGAGCACUCCGAGGACGACACCAAGUCUCUGUUCUCCAUCAUCAAGAUCAUCAGUGACCUGCUGCACUUCAAAGGCUCCCACAAACAAGAGUUUGACUCUCGCUGGAAGAGCUUCAACCUGGUCAAGAAGUCCAUGGAGAACAGGCUUCACGGCAGGAAGCAGCACAUCCGAGCCCUGCUAAUCGACAGAGUCAUGCUACAGCACGAGCUGCGUAAGCUAACAGUGGAGGGGUGUGAGUACAAGAGUAUCCACCAGGAACUGAUGCGGGAUCUGCUGCGGCUCUCUACCAGCACCUACAGUCAGGUGCGUAGCCGGGCCCAGAGUGUGCUGUUCACGGCUCUGGGGACCUAUAACUUCUGCUGCAGGGACCUGAUCCCCCGUGUGCUGGAGUUCCUGGAGCCAGACCGCUCCGACGUCACACAGCAGCAAUUCAAAGGUGCCUUGUACUGUCUCUUGGGGAACCACAGUGGGGUGUGCCUGGCCAACCUGCACGACUGGGACUGCAUCACCCUGACCUGGCCUGCCAUCGUCCGCUCAGGACUCAGCUCAGCUAUGUCCCUGGAGAAGCCCUCCAUCGUCCGCCUGUUCGACGACCUCGCUGACAAGGUCCACCGCCAAUACGAGACCAUUGGCAUCCAUUUUGCUAUCCCGUCAGAAUGUGGUGCAGCAGCGGUGCAGCUCCAGACCUCCGGUGUUCCCCUGCCUCAGGACCCUGUCCCCUCAGACCAGGAAGAAGCAGAGGGCCUCAGGAAGCAGGAGGAGAAGAACCUCGACUCAGUUCAGAAAUAUGAGAGUCUGGUUGGUGAACUUCUGGACUGCCUCAACGACAGAAACAUGCCCUGGAAGUUUGAGCACAAUGCCAUUGGAUUCAUGUCUCUGUUGCUGAGAGAUGACCACCCUCUCCCCUCCCCUGCUGUCCUGUUCUUUGUCAAGAGCCUCAACCACGACUCCCUCCUGGUCCGCAAGUUGGCGAUAUCAGCAGUGGCAGGGAUCAUGAAGCAACUCAAGAGGCCGCAUAAAAAAGUACCAGUCAGCCCCAACGAGCUCUGUGAUCUAAAGGAGGCGGCUGGUAUGAUAGCAGGAGACAGGCCUGAUAACCAGUGGCUCCAGUAUAACAGUAGCAGUCUGCCUCGUACCCAGCAGGACUGGGAGGGCUGUACAUUCGUAGAGAAGACCCACUGGGGAUACUACAGCUGGCCACAGAAACUCAUGAUGUACUCUCCCUCUGAGGAGCAGCCCAAACAGGGACUGACCAGAGAGGAGAUGACAGAGCGAGAGCAGAUCAUCUACGACCACUUUUCAGACCCAGUGUUCAUCAACCAGCUGAUUGAAUUCCUCUCUCUGGAGGACCGGAAGGGCAAGGACAAGUUCAGCCCCCGCAGGUUCUGCCUUUUCAAGGGUCUGUUCCGUAAUUUCAACGAUGCCUUCCUGCCCGUGCUGAAACCACACAUGGAGCGUCUGGUGGCCGACACACACGAGAGCAAACAGCGCUGUGUAGCAGAGAUCACUUCUGGACUGAUCAGAGGCAGCAAGCACUGGAGCUACGGCAAGGUUGAGAGUCUGUGGGAGCUGCUGUGUCCUCUGCUUCGUACAGCACUGAACAACAUCACUGUAGAGACCUACGCUGACUGGGGCACCUGCAUCGCCACUGCCUGUGAGAGCAGAGACCCCAGGAAGCUCCACUGGCUGUUUGAGAUGCUGAUGGAAUCUCCAGUCAACGGGGAGGGGGGAUCCUUCGUAGACGCCUGUCGUCUGUAUGUGCUGCAGGGGGGCCUGGCUCAGCAGGAGUGGAGAGUCCCUGAGCUGCUCCACAGACUGCUGCAGUACCUAGAGCCCAAACUCACACAGGUCUACAAGAACGUCCGCGAGCGCAUCGGCAGUGUCCUCACCUACAUCUUCAUGAUAGACGUCAACCUGCCGUACACUCAGCCCACAGCCUCGCCUCGCAUCAAGGAGUUCACAGAGCGGGUACUGCUGCGCCUCAAACCCCUGACGGAGGGGGACGAGGAGAUCCAGAACCACGUGGUAGAGGAGAACGAUGUGGGGGAGCAGGACGAGAGGACACAGGCCAUCAAACUACUGAAGACAGUACUCAAGUGGCUGAUGGCCAGUGCUGGACGCUCCUUCUCCACGGCUGUUCCAGAGCAGCUCCAGUUGCUGCCACUGCUGUUCAAGAUCGCUCCGGUGGAAAAUGAUGACAGUUAUGAUGAGCUGAAGCGGGACGCUAAGACCUGUCUGUCUCUGAUGUCCCAGGGACUACUCUACACAGAGCAGAUACCACUGGUCCUACUGGCCCUGCAAGAGAUAGCGGGCAGCAGUUCGUGGCAUGCUCGCUACACGGUGCUGACGUACCUACAGAUCAUGGUCUUCUACAACCUGUUCACUUUCCUGAGCGACCAGGGAGCCGUCAACGACGUCAGAACACUGGUCAUACGCCUGCUGGAGGACGAGCAGCUAGAGGUGAGGGAGAUGGCUGCCACCACGCUGAGCGGUUUUCUUCAGUGUAACUUCCUGUCCAUAGAGGGCCCCAUGCAGAGCCACUUCGAGGCCCUGUGCAAGACCCGCCUGCCCAAGAAGCGGAAGAGGGAGCUGGGCUCCGUGGUGGACACCAUCCCCUCCGGAGAUCUGGUGCGGCGUCAUGCUGGAGUGUUAGGUCUGAGUGCCUGUAUCCUGUCCAGCCCCUACGAUGUUCCCACCUGGAUGCCCCAACUACUGAUGGACCUCAGUGCCCACCUCAAUGACACACAGCCCAUUGAGAUGACGGUGAAGAAGACCCUGUCUAACUUUAGACGGACUCAUCAUGACAACUGGCAGGAGCAUAAACAGCAGUUCACUGACGACCAGCUGCUGGUUCUGACCGACCUGCUGGUCUCUCCCUGCUAUUACGCCUAGAUACCUGGGCCCUGGUGCAACUUUCAGGAGAUUUUUAUGUUUUCUUAAUGGAGGAACGUUAUCCUCGAUGCCCUCUCUGAGCCUUUUGACAAUUCCUCACUCUGGCAUUAGACUGGGAAGGUCUCAGACUGAACAGAACAGGCCCAUAUUCAAAAAGCGGUUUAGAGUAGGAUUGCUGAUCUAGGAUCAGUUUUGCCUUUCAGAUCAUAUUGAAUACCAUUAUAUGGACAGGGCGACCUGAUUCUCGAUCAGCACCUCUACUCUGAGACACUGUGUGAAUACAGGCCCAGAACAGAACACACCAGCCUGCAUGAGGGUAGACCAAACCCUCACAUCCAGGACCCUGCACUCUGGCCAGACCAACGGACAACAUCUGGGUCGUAUUCAUUAGGCAGCAAACGAAAGACAAUAGAAUGAAAAACAGGGAGGAACUACCUGGGACUUGUCCAUUAAGGACCGCUUGUUUAUUGUGGGGGUGGGGGGGGUCCUUUUUUCUCUUUUUUUUAAUGAUGUACCCUGAGGACCCUGAAAAGGGGGGACGGGGGGAACACAAAUGCGUAAUGGUUGAAUGGAUGGAAUAAAGGUUGUGUGUUUAGCGCUGAUUUACAUUUUUACUAUACUUAAUAUUUAAGGAUAAACCAUAGCAGGGAUGAUUGUCCUGCGGUUUGUAAUACUACUGUACAGUUUUUCUUAACAUUUUAUUUUCUUUAUUUGCUUGCGUGUGUUUAUGUGGAAUGCUUGAUGAUACCCUACCUCUGGUCCAAGGUGUAGUGUGUGUUCCUCCACUAAUGCACCACUACUUGUGGAGGAGUGCACGCUACACCCUGGACCAGAGCUAGUCCCCUCAAUGUUAUCAACUCUGAGCCAAUUAACUGUAUUAUCCCAGUAGAGGGUAGAAACCGUACUGUCCCAGUUCUCCUAUAGUGACGUGUUCUUAGCCACAGUCUGUAUGCGUUUAGAUUAGAUUGAGAAUGUAUCCCAAAUGGUAGCCUAUUUGUUUAGUGCACUACUUUUGACUACGGCCCAUAGGGCUCUGGUCAAAUGUAGUGCACUAUAUAGGGAAUAGGGUGCCAUUUGGGAAUUAGAUUUGAACCUGCCACACACAUUUACGUACAUGACGUUUGUGUACAUUGUUUAAUCUAUAUAUGAUAUGUGCAUAUUUUAUAAUGUGUAUAUAGCAUAUGUAUAUAACAUAAAUGCACAAACAUGUAUUUAUUUAUUUAUUGGUUUUUGAAGUGCUGAUAUUAUUAUUCUUAGAGUUUCUGGUAAUGAAAGAUUUUGGUUUGUGAGUAAAUGGGUUGUUCAGCUUUUUAGUGACAGAGCUUUUGAUUUCAUUCUGCUCUCUCAUUGUCAAUGGUAUAGAUGGAGUGAUUGUGUGUGUUCAUUCCCCAAGGCUGUAUGUGUGUGCUGUGUUGAGCUGAUGAGCACAGUUUUAUUGUCAUGGCAUGUGUCUAAACACCUCUCAGAACCCCAAGGGACUGGUAAUUCCUUGACACAGAUAAUUGGAGAGUCUCCAUUGAAACCAGGCUUUUGCGGGACAAAAAAGACAAAGUCCAGGACUAGGCUAAAUCAGUGUCCGGGAAACAGGCCCAAGGAAUAACCAAACCUUCUGUCCACUACCUUAGCAUCACACCCCUUCCUCUACUCUACAAUACAAUAUUAUUCUCCAUUCUUUUAAAAAAUUCUAGUGAGAGAGUUAUUUUUUUUCAAUAUUUUGUUUAUCCAUGAAGACUUGAAAAGCUAGUCUCAUUGAAGCAUCGGUUCAGUUUAGUACUUCACUCAUGUAUAGUGUAGUGCCAAAACUGACUUGAUUUAUUUUUAUUUUAGAUGUACUGUUUGCUUAUAUUUAAUGAAGAAAAUAAAUAAAUGGGUUGCUUGUAACACA